AGAGUGUUUUCUUUGUGCAAACUCGUUGACCAAAAGAAAAAAGAAGAGAGGCGAAGAAGAAGAUGAUGAUGAAUGUUAGGGUGUUGUUUCUAGCUCUCCUUCUCCUCGCAACUCCUCUCCUUCAAGUUGCUAGAUGUCAAGUGGACGAUGAUCAUUCCAGUCUUGUUGACGAUGUUGUCGGAGAACACAGUGAUUCUGCUGUUGACGAAGAUGACCAGGACUUGGAUCUCAACUUGACAUCAGCUCCAGGAGUUGAAACUGUUUGUGUUUUCCCCAAAAACAGUGCCAAAGUGGUUCCAGCUGGAGAAGAGACUGAGCUCAUUGUUGCUCUCAGAAAUGAUGGGAAACCUAGGGUUGGUGUGAUGGGAAUCAGGGCCAGCGUCCAUCUUCCUUAUGAUCAUAAGUUGUUGGUUCAGAAUCUUACCAUGAUGAGAUUCAACAAUGCCUCCAUCCCUAAUUCUGUUCAAGCAACAUUCCCCUACAUCUUUGCAGUUAGCCAGUACCUGCAGCCUGGAGCAUUUGAUCUGGUGGGUUAUGUCAUCUACGACGUGGAAGGGAAAGCAUACCAGAGUGUCUUCUACAAUGGAACCAUUGAGGUUGUUGAAUCUGGAGGUCUUCUCAGCGGUGAGUCUGUCUUCCUUAUUACACUUGGGCUUGCUCUCCUCAUGCUCCUCGGUCUAUGGGCAUACAGCCAAGUACAGCGUCUCACCAAGAAAACCAAAAAGGUGUCAAAGGUGGAAGUAGGAACAAGGUCUACGGACGCAUCAAUGGACGAGUGGCUCGAGGUUCGCAUCUCUCUCUCUUUUACUAGAGUUUGUUUCCUUUUCGUUGAGAUUGAAGUGUGUUGUUUUGUCUUUCAGGGAACUCAUUUGGCCAAGACAUUGUCUGGGAAAUCAAAGAGCAAGAAGAACUAAAGAGUCCUUUACAGUUCUUAUAGACUCAGCUUUUUGGCGUUUUGAAAGAGUUUUAAGUUCAGUCUUGAGGAAGUUUAGGGUUAUAAACGUUACUCUUUUUUUUUGUUCAUGCAUUGUACCAUCUAGACAAUCUUUCUUUUUCUUCUUGUCGUACUUAUUCUCCUCAUGGAACAACUUAACUUAUAAUCUCCCCUUUACAAGUAAGAAUUAGACCAGCUAGUUUCGAAUUUCACACUAGAACAUUGCAAAAGAAAAGUAGAAGAAAACAGCAUUGACGAGAGGA